AUGGCGAGUUCAAGCAAGCAACAGUUUGUUAAGUGCGUUCAUCCCUGCCCUCGCUUCAUCACGGGCGGGGAUACACACGAGAUGUGCGUUGCUUGUUUGGGAGUGGAGCAUGCACAGGCAGCUCUCGAGGGAGCUGUCUGUGUACAUUGUGAAAAACUGACGCUCCGUACACUCCGCUCACGCCGCGCGUUCUUUGACAAGCAUAAAGAGGGCGCCGCGGCGAGUGUUCCCCAGGGUUCGGGUCCCGCUGCUGCCGAGGCACAGCGGCGGCUUCGGUCCUGGGGUUCACAGAUGGAUCUGGCGGAGGGGCUAGAGACGGGUCCUGCCCUAUCUCGGCCUUCACCCGCCAGACCCAGUGUCUCUCCCCUGGCUGCGGAAGCACGCGCUGCGGUUUCUUCCCCCAGGGUAGAGACACCUGCACCGGCGCUUCACUUAUCCAGCUCCGAGGAGAUGGAUGUAGCGAGCGUCGGGGCUGGAGAGGAGGACCCGCCAUCCUCAUCUCCAGCUCAUGAGGAGCUUUUAGAUGUUGUGACUCGGGCGGUGGCAAAGUUAAAAAUUGAAUGGCCAGAAGAAAGACCAGAAGCGCAAACAAAAAGCAAACUGGAUGAGCGCUUUCUCCCCGCCCGAUCACAGCCUCAGCCCCGGGGAUUGCCGUUUUUCCAUGAUCUCCACACCGAGGUGUCGAGAUCGUGGCACAAGCCAGCACAAUUUCGUGUUUACAACCCACAAACCACUCUAUAUAGUAAUAUAGUAGGAGGUAAACAGCACGGUUAUGGGGCGAUGCCUCAGGUCGAGGAGACGCUCGCGAGCUAUCUCUCGCCUGAGACAGCAUCGUCCCUAAAAUCCCCGACUUUGCCCACCAGACCCCUGCGUACAACAUCAGCGCUGGUGGGCAGGGCUUAUGCCUCAGCAGGUCAGGCGGCCUCAUGUCUCCACACUAUGGCCAUCCUCCAGGCAUAUCAAGCCGACCUGCUGGGGGAGAUAGACGAGAGUGGCGAGGCGACUUUUGAAACUAUCCAAGAGCUCAGGAAGGCUACCGACUUAUCUCUCCGGGCCACCAAGGAGACGGCAAAAUCAAUAGGCCGCUCUAUGGCAGCCCUGGUGGCCACGGAGAGACAUUUAUGGCUCAACUUAUCAGAUAUAAAAGAGCGAGAUAAGUCUGUGCUUCUGGAUGCACCUGUGUCUCCCCUGGGCCUCUUCGGCGACUCGGUUACAUCUGUCGUCGAGAGGUUCCAGGAGGCAAAAAGACAGUCGGCGGCCUUCCAAAAGUUCCUCCCUCGCCGCUCUGCCGAGGCUGCUGAGCGGGAGCAGCCUCGGCCAUCUACAAGCUCCUCUACUGCGCAUAGAGCGCAACAGAAACAAAGUGUUGCCACCCGUGCUCCCCCGCAAAGAUCUUGGGGACCGGGGAGGGGGGCCGUUCUGCCAACCCCGCCGUCUCGUGCGUUACGGGGCGCAGCGGUCCCCACCGACCCUCUGAGGAGGGCCGGUCAGCGCUUGAUUCGACUCCUCCCUGCCGGUGCGCCGCUCCAGGGCGUCGAGCCAAGUGCUCAAAAAACACCAGAGACCAGCCUCGAGAGGUUGGUUCCCUUAGUAGAAUUUCUGGAAGAGUGGAAACGUCUUCCCAAUAUUUCUCAGUGGGUACUGCAGAUGAUAGAAAAGGGUUACAAAAUACAAUUCGGGUCUCGCCCGCCCCAGUUCAACGGGGUCCUCCCUACAGUGGUGGGCCCCCAGCAGUCUCUGGUCAUGGAACAAGAAGUUAUGACACUUUUGCAAAAAGGAGCUAUAGAGAGGGUUCCUCCUCCCGGCAAACAGUCAGGGUUUUACAGCCGCUACUUCAUAGUUCCGAAGAAGGAUGGAGGAUUGCGUCCUAUUCUAGAUUUACGCAUGUUAAAUCGCUCAGUACAAAAGCUCAAGUUCAAGAUGCUUACACUCAGACAGAUCACCACACAGAUCAGGUCCGAGGACUGGUUCGUGACAAUAGAUCUGAAAGACGCGUACUUUCAUGUGUCAAUCCAUCCUUCACAUUGGAAGUUCCUCAGGUUCGCUUUCGGGGGCGAAGCUUACCAAUACAAGGUUCUUCCGUUCGGCCUAUCUCUUUCACCCCGCACCUUCACAAAGUGCGUGGAUGCGGCUCUGGCUCCGCUGAGACUCCAGGGCAUCCGCGUGCUGAAUUAUAUCGACGACUGGUUGAUUCUGGCUCAAUCAGAGCAACAGGCAGUUCAACAUCGAGAUGUAGUUCUGUCACACAUGAGAAGGUUAGGGUUGAGACUCAAUACCAAGAAGAGUGUGCUUCUUCCAGCUCAAACUACCAGCUAUCUAGGGGUAGUUUGGAAUUCCACGACGAUGCAGGCACAUCUGUCUCCUGCCCGGGUGAAUUCUAUUCUCUCAACCGUGAAAGGGGUGAAAUUAGGCCAGUCACUCACUGUAAAACAGUUUCAGAAACUGUUAGGUCUGAUGGCAGCCGCUUCCAACGUGAUACCUUUUGGUCUGCUGCACAUGAGACCGUUGCAGUGGUGGCUCAGAACCAGGGGGUUUUCUCCGAGGGGAAAUCCUUUUCGCACAAUCAAGGUCACGCGGCGAUGCCUUCGCGCCUUGGCAGUAUGGAAGAAACCCUGGUUUCUGUCCCAAGGUCCUGUGUUGGGGGCUCCUUGUCGUCGCAAAAUGCUAACGACGGAUGCGUCUCUCACAGGCUGGGGGGCGAUCAUGAGUGGUCGCUCAGCUCAGGGUCUUUGGGGGGACCAUCAUCGUUCCUGGCAUAUAAAUCAGCUGGAGAUGAUGGCGGUAUUUCGAGCACUCAAAUACUUCCUCCCAGACCUGAGGGGCCAUCACGUGUUAGUUCGUACAGACAACAUGUCGGUGGUCUCCUAUAUCAACCAUCAGGGGGGUCUGAGGUCUCGCCAGUUGUGCAAAUUAUCACAUCAGAUCCUCCUAUGGUCCCAGGGGAAAUUUCUCUCUCUGAGAGCAGCUUAUAUCCCGGGACAUCAAAAUGUGGGGGCAGACAUCCUGUCGAGGCAGGGGCCGAGGCCCGGGGAAUGGAGGCUCCACCCCGAGGUGGUGGAGCUGAUAUGGAAGAAUUUCGGUCGCGCAGAAGUCGACCUGUUUGCCUCGAAAGAGACGUCUCAUUGCCCGUUGUGGUAUUCUUUGACCCAUCCAGCCCCUCUGGGGCUGGAUGCUAUGGUACAGACGUGGCCGAGGCUGCGUCUGUACGCUUUUCCCCCGAUCGCUCUGCUCCCCGGAGUUCUGGAGAGGGUUCGACGGGACGGGGUCCGUCUAAUAUUGGUAGCCCCGUUCUGGCCGACCCGGAUAUGGUUCACGGAUCUAGUAUCCCUCUUAGAAGGCUCCCCCAUGGAGAUUCCGAUCAGGCAGGACCUUCUGUCUCAAGCAGGCGGCUCAAUAGUUCACCCCCGCCCGGAGAUAUGGAAACUGUGGGCCUGGCCCCUGAGGGGGCCGAGCUCAUAG